AUGCUUUUAGUGUUAGAAGAUCAUAUGUGCUUUUUAGUAUAGUAGUUAUUCUUUGUUAAUGAAUGCUAAUAUUUAUAACCACAUUUAGUUUUGUGCUUAAUUUCUUUAUUUUUGGAAAGUUUUAAAUUAAUGAUCAUUGGUAUAUUUAUUAAAGGAAUAUUUGAAUCUAGGAGAUGUGUCACAGAAAGUUAUUACAUUAAUAAAUGGUUUAAAGAUAAAGAAAAUUCUUCUGCAAAUGGGUAAUUAUUUAUAAAUAAAUAUCGUAUCGAUACUGAAACUGCUCUUUGCAGAAUUGGAUGA